ACUCUCUGUUUAUACUUUCUCUUUCGAUUUUUACGGCGUCACUAUAACACUUUUCACUUAUUUUACAGUACAGAUCGAAAGACGGUGGUUUUAACUAGCAUAUUAUGCAAAGAGCUGAGGGAUAAAUUUUAAAGUGACCGAAUUAUUAACAGAAGAGAAAGUAAACAAAGAGAGUAACUCAUUGCAGAUAUGACGUUUUGAAAAAACGCUCAAGAAUUAUUAUUGCAGACAUUUGAAAAAAGUACCUGGCACCUCUUACACUGAUCCGUCGGUCGCUGAAUUGUCAAACUAAAGUCGAGGUGGUGUUUUUAAUACGUUUAUUUUAGAAUUGUUCCUUAUUUUGGCAUUUAUUUAUUCAAAUGAAUAUUAAAAAAAAACAAGCCUCCAAAGGUAGUAAACGAAUAAUAGAAGAAAAUAUAGCAACGAUGAAGUUUUACCGUAAUAUGUCAAUCGGAUCAACUACAUUUUUUCUCGUAAAAACGUACUUAUUUGAGCAAUUUACGGUAUUACCAGUGGUAAAGCUAAAGAGGGUAUAUGUCCUCCCGAAGCUACUCGAGAUUCUGCGCACCCUGAGUUUGAUCCACCAUUGCAGCCUGCCAACAUACGUAAUCAGGUCAACUCCGUCACCGACACCCACCCGUCUACCACAGAACUUGAAGGACACAACAUCAACCUUUUCCGGUCAGAGAACAACGCUCUAAACAAGUCAGACCAACUCGAAGGACAUGGAAUUCCUGUAUCCGUUUCCUCAGGUAAAUACAAUGAAUGUAUAUGUCCUUCCGAAGUAGGACAUACAGAUGCUGCCCCCGUUGAAAGCCCACCCCAUUUACAGGCAUUUGCUUCCACAAUCACUCGAUCUACCACCGUUCAACCGUCAGGAGAAAACUUGCAGGGACAUCUUAAAAUCUACUAUCAGAACGUGAGAGGGCUACGCACAAAAAUUGAUGAGCUGUUCGUCGCUGCUUCGGAUGUUGAUCAUGAAGUUAUUAUUCUGACCGAAACGUUGCUGAAUGAUCAAAUCAACUCGCUCCAAUUAUUUUGCUCAAGGUACUCUGUAUAUCGUAACGAUCGCGAUCCUAAUAGUGCAGGGAUGAAACGUGGUGGUGGUGUGCUCAUUGCAGUUUCCAACCGACUCUCAUCCAAACACAAAAAUGACACUCACAAUCUCGUGAACAGCCCCACAAUGGUAAACACCUAAAAAAAAUGCGCAACCAACAAUUCUAAGGUUGACCUGAAAGAACUCGCCAAUUUACAAACGCAGCGGCUUAAGUCGCAGUGCACAUAGCACAACAAACGUGAGUCACUGUGUUGCUCGAAGAAUUAAUGAUUGUUUAUAGAUAUCCGCGGUAAAUAAUCGAUUUCCAAUGACACCGGCUGCAGGUGUUUAUACGGUUGUAUAGAAUUUGGCUGUGCCAAUAUUAAUUAACGUAAUUAUUUACAUAGGCGUGGCGUUUUUAUGAUUGUGAGCGCAUCGAUACAAAUGCAUAAUUAUGUUCGGGAAAUAGAGCGUUCAACUGCUUACGAAUAGCUUUAGUUAGAACAAGAGAACACGAGGUUCUAGCGAGAACCGAAGGCUCACUAACAUUAAACCAAUUAGGAAGUACUCACGUUCGGGGAACCUUCGUAAAAUAAUAGAAGACAGCAAGAGUUACUUUAAGAUAGAGGAGAAUAGGAAUACAUUAACAUAAAAAUUACAAACGAAGGAGAAAGAUAGAAAGCGAUGCGACACUAAUACAAAUAUAAUGUCAAUCGCAUGCUGAACAGGGAUAGAUAGUCAAUAAUUGAAAUUUUGCUGAAGUAAGCAAGAAAAUUUACUAUAUAAACUUCAGAAGAUUUAGAAUGGAGGCUUUUUUCUUUUUCUCCCUUUUCAAUUAGCUCGAUCAAGGCUGGGCCCCAUGUACUGUGCGUACCUCUGGCUGCCAACAACCGAGAUCGAUUUUAAGUUUUGAAUAGUUAGGCGCGAAAAGAAUCGCACAGUAGGGUAGUCUAUACAGAUGUGUACAAAAAGUAGGAGUAAUAUAUGUUUUUCUAGAAUCGUAAACCUGACUUUUGUGUUUUUUCCGUUCGCGUUUUCCCCGUGUUAGGAAGGGAAUAAUAUGUUGGUAACGUGUUGUGUUUUUUCCGUUCGCGUUUUCCCCGUGUUAGGAAGGGAAUAAUAUGUUGGUAACGUGUUGUGUUUUUUCCGUUCGCGUUUUCCCCGUGUUAGGAAGGGAAUAAUAUGUUGGUAACGUGUUGAGCGGGAGUAGCCGUUGCGGGAAGGUGCAUGAGGUGACAGCGGUUUAGCAAUCCUGAGAGAUUGCAGGACGCAUUUAUGACUGGAGGCUAAAAUCAGCAAUGUCCUCAGAUCAGUGUAUACCAUAAAGUGAGAAGAAAGGUUACAUUUUGAAAGUGUUUGAGCGUUUUUUUUAGUGAAUAAGUUGGCAUUUUACCGACUACUAUCGUCAUAGAGAGAAAAAAAAACAUCGAGACAGGCGUUGGUGGUAACCAGUUUUAAUGCCUGAAAUAAGUCUCGUCGCGAGGAAACCUUAACCAUAAGUGUAGAUCCGAGAAAAGCAGAAAUUCGACGAUUUCUGAUCGUGUUAAUAUUGAAUGUGAUGAAAAAAAAUGCGUAAAUUGUCUGCGGAAUUUGAUGGUGAAAACUGAAAAAAAAUAACAAACCACGAAAAAUACGAUAGCUUAAAUGUGGAAAAAGACAAACACUCAGCAUAUCUGAUCGAUUCAGUGAAAGUUUCUUUGUUCACAAAACUUUGACAGAGUGCGUCAACGAUCUCUACAAAUACAUAUGCGCUUGCUACGAGUUUAAGGAUCUAGAUCAUCUCGACAGGAACUAACGAGUAGAUCAACAAUGCAGCUCAGAACUAUUUUCGCUGGAGUUUUCUUGGCCAUGGCGAACGCAGCGUUGAUUCUGGAAAGACUCAAUGAUGUAUUACUGGCACAAGGGGUCUACGAUUUUAAGGUAACGCUAACGUAUAAGAGUCUUGUAGAAGAUCAAGCAGAAUUAGAAUCGGCACUAAAUGCUUUUAAUGAAACCUGUACAGCGCUAAUAGAAAGAAAUCCGAAUUUGAAAUGCGGGGUCAUAACCUCGGUUUGGAGCAAAGACACUAGUGACAUUGCGAACAUAAAUACGUACAUCAGGUAUUUCUUUAAAACAAGAACACCAAGAGGGUUUUGGUCAGCAAUUGGAGCAAUGGACUCCGACGACAGAACUAGAAUUGACGAAAAUAUGGAUAAACUUAGACGAAACGAAGAAAGAUUCAACAAAAAUACAGAACAUCAAGCGUCAGCAAUCGAAAAAAUAUACAAUUUCGUGAGCAACUCAACAAUCACCAUGGAUAAGGCAGUCGAAAGCAACAAUAAAAAUUUCGAAUCUUUAAAAACAGAAAUCAGGAACACUCUUAACAGAGCCAAUGACAGAGAUAAAGACCUAUACCUAGAAGCAACACUCAUGGAGAUAGGCAUGUGGUAUAACAGUAUGAGACAAAACUUAAAACUAAAACAAAAAACGUUGAUAGCAAUAUUACACGCAGAAAACACAAAGAGCCUCGACCUAGCGGAAAUAAUAAACCCAGUACAACUAAUCCGAACAUUAGAUAGUGAGGAAGCAACGCUGAACGACAACCUUACUUUCCCGAGAAGAGCAGACGGGGCAAUUAUGCCAGAGAUAUUAAAUACACUUCAUUACUACGUAAAACUCACCAACGACUUAGAUAUAAUUAUGACACUUCAAAUUCCGCUCGUGAAAAAAAGCAAAUGGUAUGCGUAUAAAGGCACAAUCGAGCCAAGCAUAACCGGAAACAUAUUGACAAUAUUGCACUUAGAGGAAGACAUAAUAAUAAAACAAGAAAACAACUGGGGAUAUGUAUUAACCCAGGCAGAUUAUGACAAUUGCGAUAGAAUAGGAGACACUAGGCUUUGUAAAUUAAGCAAUAUAGAAAGAGACCUCAAACAAGAGGACACAUGUAUGGCCGCGCUAUAUUUUAGAAACAUAACGACGACAUGCAAAACAAAAGUGGUGCAGUUGAACCACGACAUAUGGUUGGAAACUGCAAAUAGAAACAUAUGGACGUAUUUUACACCUAACAAAUUGAAGGUAUCCGUUUUCACGGGAAAGAACGUUACGGAAACUACAAUACAAGGCAAAGGAAAUAUAAAAUUACUGCCGGACAUGAUGAUACAGACGGAUAGUAUAAGAAUUACACACUUCAGUGAAACACAAGGUGAAACAAAAUUAACAUACCACAUACCACAUACGGACAUACCAAAUAUUUCUAGUAAAUGGAAGGAUAAGGGGAUACCGUCUCUUUCAAAACGUAAUAAGAUAGUUUCGUUAUUUGACACAAAGAAACUUUUCGACAUAGGGGUAGAAGUCGACGAAAUAAAAAACCAUAGAACCACGCUAGAAAAUUUAGCAUAUGCCCCUCUAGAGAACCCAUGGACGACAUUUAGUGUCUUCUUGGUCAUAGGAGGAGCUUUAGGCAUAUUCUUCCUAUGUUUCAAAGGGGAGAUAUCAUGCUUCACACGGAAAACCGUUAUAGAACCACACAUACCAAAUAUAGGACAAAGGGAAAACAGAAGACAAACGAAACACACACUGGAUAGGAACAUUAUAAGCAAAACGAAAUUACAGACCAUAAAUGAGAAGAAAAAAGAGAAACAACCAGACAUGAACAUGCGCUUAAAUAAACAACAACAAAAAAUUCAGAAGGGAACGCCAAAUACUAAAGAAGGGGGUACAAUGCAACCCAAUCAACAAAGGACGCAAAAUAUUACGACAGCGCAUAUUAGUAAACCAGCACUGAAAAAAAUGCAAGGAGGAAUAAGAACGUAUUGAGCAACAAAACGCAAUAAGAGACACAAUGCAAAUUAAAUAAACAUGAUAAUCGUUGUCAUUAAUUAACAUGGAUAUAAGCAAUUUACAAUAUGAGGAAAAGCGAAAGUGAAAGGAAAAUAAAGAGUAAAUAAUCAACAGUGAGAACAUAAAACCAUAAACAUAACAUAAAGAAAAAAUUUAGAUAAAGGUAAAGGUAUACAAAUAUGAUACAAAGGAACAAAAUUACCACGAAAUGGGUAAUAGUUCGUUUGAUAUAGGAUGAAGAAAAGCUUUUAAAAUGCGAAUACAAAAAAGGAGUAUAAUUGACGAAAAUAUUUAUUUGCAACUAAGAAAGUAAUAUUUGCAAAGCCAGAAGCAAAAGUAUGGAAGAAAUAAAGAACAUACUACAAUAUAAGAAGGAAAAGAUAAAGACAGAAUUUAUUGAAAACUAUUAGAUUAUAAAGACACAUGCGGCGCAAUAUAAAUAAGAGGUUAAAAGCAUUGGAAUGAAAAAGCAUAUCAGAAAAGCUGCAAUAAAAGGAAGCGGGAAACGCCUGCGAGUAACGCAGAAUUACAAUGCAUGAGUUACAAAUAAUAAAAGAUGGAGACUCACUCUGGAAAUCAUGAAGCAGAACCUAGACACAAAGAAAACAUGGACAACAAUAUAUGAAAAGAAUGAACAAUUUUUAAUUGGAAUUAUUUUUUUCUUACCCUACGCUGGCCAGCGGAUAAAACAUAUGCAACAUUGAUUAAGAAUCAUUUAUAUCACUUAAUACAAGUAUGAAAGCAUAUGAGCGGACAAGGGAACCGGAACCCGGAAUGAGUAUGAAUGUCUUUAUUUUAUGAACGUGAUGACAAAUUCUAUUUACAUGACGACUAAGAAUCGCAGUCGAAUUAAAAUAUACACGAAAAAGAAAAACGUAAAACAUGAACGCAGCGACAGAAGGACACAACAAGAAGAAACACAAAUAUAACAUGACCUACAGAGAAGAUAAUACAAUAAAGGGAAAAAAAAGGUUAAACAAGAGGAACGUUUAAUUAAAAACGGCAAAAGUGAUAAAAACCAAUGCAAUCAUGAAAAAGCAAAGAAAGUAUUCAAGGGGGGCUAAAGAAAACAAAAUAGAAGGGUUAAUAAUAGGAAGCUUACAUACUUCCGGGGAAUAAUAUUUUUACGGUAUCUUUAUAGGAUCACCCUGGGUUGUCAAAUUGAGAAGAAUACGAAUUAAGAGGUAACAGAUGAAAUGAAGAAAAGCGUCUGAGGGGAAUAAUUAAAGGAGUAAUGACAUACAGGAUACAGAUGGAAAAACAAUGGUUGAAGGAAUGUUUCAACAAACACGUAAAAUAUAUAAAUAAUACUGGAUACGAAUCAAACAGAUAUCCAUGCCCAAUAGCAGGGAACUUCAUAGGAUGAAAUUAAGUAAUAUAACAAAAACACCUAACAGACAACAUAUCGGAAAACGGGAAACAAGAGAAAAACAAAUAAAGUGGAGAAUUAUGAAUAAAUAAAUAAAACAAAAUAAUAAAGAAAGAA